AUGUCCGUCCUUGCAAUCUGUGCCCCUCUCUUCAGUUUCCGACCUGGCGGCGGUCAUGCCUCCGGCGCUGGCGCUCCCUUUGCUUCUGGUGCUGGUGCUGGCGCUGGCGCUGGUGGUGGUGCCGGUGCUGGUGGUGCUGGUGCAGCUACUGCUGUGGCCCAGUCCCAGGCGCAGCAGCAGCAGCACGCGCCCGCUUACCCGGCAUACAAGGGUUACAACCAGCAGCUGAAUGACAUGGACGGCAUGAUGGAUGACCUGGCAGACAUCUACGGUGAUGUCGGCGGCCACGUGUCCAUGUCUGCCGCGUCAGGCCCUGCUGCCACGUCAGCAGCCCCGCCCACCAACGCCAUGGGCGCGUCAGCGGGAGGGGGAGCGCUGGGCGCCACAAACGGCCAAGGGGGCCCCGGGAUGGGGGCAGGGGGAGUGGGGCAAGGCGGGGAGAUGGCGGGAGGAAUGGGGGCCAUGGGGGCCAUGGCGGGCGUGGGGGCGAGUGUGCAGGAGCAGGUGGAUGAAGAGACGCGCAUGAUGUCUGCCAUUGUGGAUCAGGCCACCACGGACUGGCAGAGGCCUCCAGAUCAGUUUGGGGGCCGUGGCUACGGCCGAGGAGGAUUCUACGGCAGAGGAGGUGGUGGUGGGCGCUUUCCCUUUCCCCAACGAAAUGCAGUUCCACAUCCCGGUUACAUCUGCUACCGCUGCAAUAAACCAGGUCACUACAUCAAGCACUGCCCCACUAACGGCGAUCCAGCGUUCGAUGUGGUGAGGAGGGUGCGACCCCCCUCGGGCAUCCCCAAAAGCUUCCUACGGCCAGACCAGGGAGGGGGCUACCUCAUGCCGGAUGGGUCCAUGGCUUCUAUGGGCGCGCAACACGACAUGCAGCAAGGCAACGAGCAAGCCUUUGCCAGAGAAACGGAGCCUUUUCUAGCGCCCAUGAGGCAGCCCCAGGCAGCGGAGGUUCCUCUGGAGCUCAAGUGCCCGCUCUGCUCCUCGCUCUUCCGCAAUGCGGUGCUCAUCCCCUGCUGCCACCUCUCCUUCUGCGAUCACUGCAUUCGGCAGCAGCUACUUGCAAAAGGCAGCUGCCCCAAGUGCUCGUCCAGCCAGUACCGCAACGAUGAUCUCCUGCCCAACAUGACUCUCCGACAAGCUGUUGAUCGCUUCAAGGCCGCACAGCUGCAGCCUGGGCAACAGCAGCAACAGCAGCAGCAGCAGCAGCAGCAGCAGCAGCAGCAGCAGCAGCAGCAGCAGCAGCAGCAGCAGCAGCAGCAGCAGCAGCAGCAGCAGCAGCAGCAGCAGCAGCAGCAGCAGCAGCAGCAGCAGCAGCAGCAGCAGCAGCAGCAGCAGCAGCAGCAGCAGCAGCAGCAGCAGCAGCAGCAGCAGCAGCAGCAGCAGCAGCAGCAGCAGCAGCAGCAGCAGCAGCAGCAGCAGCAGCAGCACUGGCAGCAGCAGCAGCCACAGCAGCAACAACAGUGGCAGCAGCAGCAGCCCCAACAGCAGCAGCAGCAACAGCAGCAGCAGCAAUACCAACAGCAGCAACAACAGCAACACAUAGGGGCGAACAAGCGUGUGGGUAAGGCUGCUGUUCCGACCUUGGGAGUUGGUGGUGCUGUUAGUGCUGCUGGUCCGAGGGAAGGGCGGGACGUGGAAGGGGGAGGCGGAGGGGAAGGGGAUGGGGCCCAGGAUGGUGCGAUGGAGGGAGGAGAGGAAGGGGGAAAGGAUGGGGUGGAGGGGAGGGAGGAGGAAGGGGGAGAGGUGGAGAAGCAGCAGGAAGGGGGAGAGGAGGAAGAAGAGGAGGAAGAGGAGGUGAGUGAUGGUGUGACAGGGCCUGCUAGCACCACCCGUCCUGCUGCUGAUGGCGUUGGUGGUGAUGGUAGUGCUGCUGCUGGUGCUGCUGGUGGUGCUGAUGGUGCUGGUGGUGCUGAUGGUGAUAGUGCUGAUGGUGGUGGUGAUGGGGAUGGUGACACUGCUGCUGCUGAUGCAGCGAUGGGGCAGAUGGGGCAGAUGGGGCAGAUGGGCGGGGGCCAGAUGGUUCCGCACAUGGGAGGCCCUAUGGGGGGGAACAUGGGAGGAAACAUGGGGGGGAACAUGGGGGGGAACAUGGGGGGAAACAUGGGCGGAAACAUGGGGGGGAACAUGGGGGGAGGGCCAAUGGGCAAGGGAAUGGGGAUGGGUUCUGACAUGGGAGGCAUGGGCGGAGGUAUGGGCGGAGGCAUGGGCGGAGGCAUGGGCGGAGGUAUGGGCGGAGGCAUGGGACCUGGGAUGGGGGGAGGCAUGGGGCCUAUGGGGGGACCAAUGGGGGGACCAAUGGGGGGGCCUAUGGGGGGGCCUAUGGGGGGGCCCAUGGGCGGACCCAUGGGCGGCCCUAUGGGUGGCCCGAUGGGUGGGGGAAUGGGACCUGGGAUGGGGCCUAUGGGGGGGCCUAUGGGGGGGCCUAUGGGGGGGGGGAUGGGCGGACCUAUGGGGGCCCCUAUGGGGGGUCCGAUGGGUGGUCGUAUGGGCCCUAUGGGGCCUAUGGGCGGACCUAUGGGGGGUCCGAUGGGGGGACCUUUGGGGGGGCCUAUGGGGGGACCGAUGGGGGGGCCUAUGGGGGGACCAAUGGGGGGAGGGCCACAUAUGGGAGGGCCGGAUCAUUUUCACAACCAGCAGCGAGGCUGGCAUGGUGCCACGGACUACAUGAUGGGGGACUGCUUCCCUUCCCUCCUCCUUGCACUUGUAACCGUCGACUUCUCAAAGUGCCUCGUGUCUCUUCCCCCUCCCUCCACCACAACUGUGCAUGCUACACGUGUGGAGCUACUGACCACAUGA